CAAGCUCUUCGGACUCGGUACUAUGAGCGCAAGAUUCUACAUCGUGAUGUCAGUCCUACUUGCCGCAUGUGCAGUGUAGGCCUGGAGACAGUCGACCACAUUGUGGCAGGCUGUAGUGCUUUGGCACCGACGGACUACACUGAUCGACACAAUCAGGUGGCAUCCAUCAUUCACUGGGACGUUUGUCGCCAUUUUGGGGUUCCAGUGGAGAGCAGAUGGUACCGGCAUCAUCCUGAUAGGCUUGUGGAGACGGAUGACAUUACUAUGAUGUGGGAUACCACCAUCCCCACUGCCAGGAAGAUCAAAGCCAAUCGUCCAGACAUCUGUCUCAGAAAUAGGAAGACAAACACUUGUCUUCUUAUUGAUAUCAGCUGUCCUGCUGAUGGCAACAUUGGCAAGAAACAUGCUGAGAAGUUGGCGAAGUACAGCGACUUGCGAGUGGAGAUAAGCCGCAUGUGGCAUUGUCGAACACUGGUGGUUCCGGUGGUCUUGGGAGCUUUGGGCACAGUGCACGCAGGUAUUGCACGGUGGCUGGACAUUAUUCCAGGUCAUCACAACCUGCAGCACUUACAGAAAACAGUGCUUCUGGGAUCUACUCGGAUCCUUUGUAAAGUCAUGUCUUCUUUCUAGACAGCCGUGAUGGUCUAAGUACUUCUGAAGCAGGGUUUGCUUCCGGUACUUGUAAUAGACUUUACAAACCAGACUGAUCUGGUUGAGCACGACACA